AUGAGAAGUGUUUGGUUGCAUAUAUUGAAGUCAGUUUUUCUCAGUCAUAAUAUGGAUGCCAGGAAUUUGGGAAUAGGAAUAAUAUAUCUGUUACAGAGUACAGUUGGAAUUCUAGGAAACAUCUCUCUCCUUUUCUACUACUUGGUUAUUUAUUAUAAGAUCCCCAAACGAAAGCCCACGGAUUUGAUUAUUAUGCAUCUGAUCAUAGUGAAUAUCUUGAUCAUACUCUCGAAAGGAAUGUCUAAAACAAUGACAACUUUUGGGUUGAAACUUUUCUUUAAUGAUUGGAGCUAUCAAUUUUUUAUGUAUGUUCUAAGAGUUUUCAGGAGCAUGUCCGUUGUCACCAUCUGCCUCUUGAGUGUCUUCCAGGCCAUCACCAUCAUCCCAAGAAACUCCUGUUGGAAGAAUCUUAGAGUCAAAUCUCCAAAGGAUAUUAGUCUCUGCAUUUCUCUCUCCUGGGUCUUAUACAUCUUCAUAAAUCUUAUUUUCCCUUUGUACAUGUCCAUAACAUUUACUGGGAAAAACAAAACAGAGGAUACAAAUUUCAAACUCUAUACUAUUGUAGGAUAUGACAAAAACACAGUUUCCUUAUAUAUAAGUUUUUUUGUGUUUCCUGAAAUUCUGUUCUCUGGUCUCAUCACCUGGUCAGGUAGCUCAGUGAUUGUCAUUCUGUACAGGCACAAACAGCGAGUUCAAUACAUCCGCAGCACUCACGCUUCCCUUAGCAGCACCCCUGAAUCCAGAGCCACUCAGAGCAUCCUGGUCCUAGUUUCCAUCUUUAUGACUUUCUAUACACUCUCUGCCAUCCUACAUGCUUACAACGCUGUAUUUCACAGUUCAAAUUGGUGGCUAAUUAAUUUCACAAACAUUAUAACUUUAUGUAUUCCCACUUCAAUCCCUUUUGUACUUAUGAAUAAAUUAUCCCCUCUCUCCAAACCCUGA